AUGGACUCCAGUUUGGCUGACGCCAAUAAUCAUUUUCUCGGUGAAAUAAUUACAUGGCGUCUCUUGAUCGAACCUGCCACAGGAACACCUAUUGCUAUCACUUUCACACAAACUUAUUCGUGGACAUAUUCCCUGAUAACAUGUGCUAAUGUUCAUAUUAGUGGUAGUCAGUUGAUCCCUACUGGUCCAUAUCCAUCACUUCCGACGGAGCCACUCGAUUGUAUCGCUGAUUGUGCUAGUGGUGCAACUAGUUAUGUGGCUCCUAACAUUAGAUCUCGAUGCACAGAUACCUCAUUUCCACUUGGAAUCACUGUUGGACAACGUUCUAACACUGUCUUUGUACAUGCAGGUAUCGAUUUUUCCGUUGCCUAG